AUGUGCAUCUGGUAUGAGGAUGCCGUGCGGUUAGAUCAGUUGAAGGUGGUGUUGAAGAGCGUGGGAUUCUCGAAAAGACAUGUCGCGCAGAAGUGCCAGCUGGUUGCUGCUGCUAUUUUCCAUCUGGAUAACCUGGAAUUCCAUAUUGAUCGCUCUCGCAACGAAGACGCUGCUGUCGUGUGCAACACGGAUGUCCUCGAUAUCGUCGCAGAUUUCUUGGGCGUGCAGCCGGAAGCUUUGGAGGCUGCGCUAUCGUACCGAACGAAGAUGGUGAAGAAGGAGCUAUGUACAAUCUUCCUGGAUCCCGACGGUGCCUCUGAUAACUGA